AUGUCGACCGAAAUACCUGAGAAGUCGACUGGCUACUAUGCCCCCGAGAAGGAGGUGGCGCCCUCGCAGGAUCAUGCCGCCGAUGGCCCGUUGGAUGGAGAGGUGAUCAACGCCUCAGGCCAUCGUCAGGAACUUGAGCGGAACUUCAGCCUUAUCAGUAUUUGUGCUGUCGCGGUGACUACUGGAAACACCUGGAUCGCCCAAGGUGGAAGUGUGGUUACUGCCUUGGCUAACGGUGGCCUUACUGGAACUCUCUAUGAAUUUAUCGCAGUAUCUUUCUGCUACUGGCUGGUGGCCGCAUCACUGGCCGAACUGGCCUCCGGAAUGCCCUCCGCUAGUGGUGUCUACCACUGGGCAAGUAUCACCGCGGGACCCAAGUACGGUCGCGUGUGUGGUUUCUACGCUGGAUGGUGGAAUUGUUUGGCAUGGAUUCUCGGUGCCGCAUCGAUGUCUUUUAUCCUCGGCCAACAGACUGUAUCUAUGUAUGCUUUGAUGCAUCCUGGCUUUAUUCCUUCCACCUGGAACAUUUUCCUCAGCAUGCUCCUCUGCACCUGGACUUGCUGUUUGAUCGUUUGCUUCAUGAACCGCUUCUUGCCUUACAUCGGAAACCUCGGCAUGUUCUUCAUUCUCGCUGGCGUCUUCAUCACCAUCGUUGUGUGUGCCGUGAUGCCUUCCGUCAAUGGAACGGGUUAUGCCAGCAAUAAGCAAAUCUGGGCUACCUUCGACAACCAAACCGGAUACACUCAAACCGGCUUUGUGUUCGUCGCCGGUAUGCUUAACGGUGCUUACAGUGUCGGCACUCCUGACUGCUCGUCUCACCUGGCUGAGGAGAUCCCCAAACCCAGUCGUAACAUCCCCAAGGCUGUCCUUGCACAGAUGGGUGUUGGUUUCGUCACCGGUAUCUGUUACAUGGUUGCCAUCUUCUAUGCUAUCAAUGAUGUUGCCGCAGUGUCUAGUGCAGUGUCUGAGCUUAAUCUUUUCCCUUUGGCCGAGAUCUAUCGUCAGGCUACUGGCUCCCGCGGCGGUUCCCUUGGUCUAUUGCUUGUCGCUUUCUUCCCCACUCUAAUCACUGCCACUGGCUGCUAUAUCACCGCCGGUCGCACACUCUGGACAAUCUCCCGUGACCGCGCCACCCCAUUCGCCGGCUGGCUCGGAAAGAUCAGCCCCAAAUACCAGAAUCCAUUUAACGCCACCCUUGUAUGUGGUGCCUGCAAUACCGUCUUGGCUUGCAUUUACCUCGGUUCAACAACCGCUUUCAGUGCCUUUGUCGGAUGUUUCGUUCAGCUGUCCAGUCUGUCCUACUUCAUGGCCAUCUUCCCACACAUCUUGACCCGUCGUUCCUCCUUCGUCCCCGGGUGGUUCUUCAUGAACAAUACGGUCGGAUAUAUUGUCAACUCUCUGUCUUGCAUCUACAUCAUCGCCUUUGCUAUCAUCUUCUGCUUCCCUUACUACUUGCCUGUUUCGGCCGGGACGAUGAACUACGCCAGUUUGAUGACCGGUGGUCUGUCCAUCUUUGUCACCGUCUGGUGGUUUAUCCACCAGGGCUCUUACGAAGGCCCGAAGCACGUCCCCUUGACUGACAAGGCUUUGGCUGAGGAUGCGCAGUAG